UGUCAACGUAUCGUAAUGGGCUCCUCUUUAUAUCCCGUCUCUUAUCUGGCGGUGCUGGCAACUAUCCUAGUUGCAAGCAAUGUUGGAGUCCAGGCUAAAAGAACGAUCAGAAUUCAGAGUUUAGAUAAGGUGACUGAGGAUACCACACAUCUGCGCAGCCAUCUGCGAAUCGCUGAGUCCGAGGAAAAUGAGUUUAAGGUCGAUGGAUAUCUCGAUCUGACUCACAGCCUCGACAAUGAUUGGACGGUUGUGCUUAAGGUUUUAAGAUCCCCGGAUGGCGACGCAGACUUCGAAAAGGUUUUGACAUUGGAGAUGCAGCUUUGCGACUUUAUGAAGAGCUACUACAAGGAUAUAUUUUACGAACGGAUCAAGGGUUACUCGAACGCCCCGCAUCCUGGCAGCUGUCCUCUACCCAAGGAGCGUUAUGUACUAGAGGACUAUCCUUUCAAAGUCAAGGUGCUCAAAAAACUGAUGACUCCGGGCUUCUAUCUCAUAAAGUAUUCGCUUAAGAAUGAAGAGACAAAAAUAUUAUCGUAUGUGCUGCAUAUAGAGUUGGAGGAGGACUAAUGCCAGCUCAAAUGUUUCAUUUAUUGCGUAGAAAAUAAAACUAUUCGUAUGAUCGC